AUGCAGGAUGAGAUGUUUUUGUUUCUCAUACUAAAGCAUUCAACUNAAGUUGCUUUCAAUGGAAAUUGGAGUGGAGAUAAAGGAUGUAAUGGAGGUGCCAAUUGUCAUUUUAACAGUGGCUCUACUGGUGCAGUACUUCUUGUCUAUAAUCCAUUUAGUAGAGGACUGACGACAGCUUCUAUAGACAGUAGUCAAACAAUAAUUCCAAGUAUCUCCAUUUCAGCACCAUCAGCAUGUUUAAAUUCAUACAAUGAACGUACAGUUCGAGCAUCAGGAGAUUAUCAAACUGAAUUAGGUAGUGCAGCCCCAUGGUUACCUACAGAAGCAAAUAGUUUAAUGAUGUUCGAUGAUACAUCUUGUCUCUAUUUACUUACUCUUUCUGGUUUGACACCAAAUAAAUUCUAUAAAUGGAAAGCUACUUUUGAUAAUUCAUGGUCCUGUAGUAUUGGGUGUGGAAAUGGUGUUAAUUGUAAAUUUUCAACAAAUGUAGCUGGUACUGUUGAACUUAUAUUUGAGCCUAUUUCAAAACAAUUAUCAUUUCGUCAUCUUGUAACUGUUUGUGGUAAUAGUCCAUGUGAAAUAGGUGAAACAUGUCCAAAUGAUUGUGAUAUAUGCCCAAUAUGUGGAGAUGGUAUAUGUCAAAAAAGUGAAAUAUAUAAAACAUGCCCGCAAGAUUGUUCAAAUGAAUUAUUGGGAUGUGGAAUCUUUAAAGAAGAAAGUUGUACUGAUGAUUCACAAUAUCAUGUUACAGCAGGUGUUGAAGAAAAACGUUGGCAAACAUCAAAACCCGGUACGAAUGGUUAUCAGUCAUCAUUUCAAGAUUAUCAUACACUUGUUGGCUAUGCUGACAUUAUUUAUACAGAUACUAAUCGUAUUGCAGCUGAAGUUUGUCUUCAAACGAAAAAUCGUCAAUCAAAUUCAAUCACAUUAACUUAA